GCCACGUGGACGCGGCGGCCUGGGCUGCGCAUGCGUCAUCUCGCUCCCUGGCCGCGCCGGUCGCCUCUACCUGGGAGGGAGUGUCACGGAAUCUUGUCAUUCUCACCCGGGGAGCUCCGAGAACGUCUGGCAAAAAUGUCUAACGCAAAAGAAAGAAAACAUGCUAAGAAAAUGAGAAACCAGCCCACGAAUGUGACCUUAUCCUCGGGCUUUGUGGCUGAUAGAAGUGGAAAGCACUAUAAUGGAGGGGGGAAGCCUUUCCAAGCUCAACAACAAGAACCUCAUUCUGGAACUUCACGACGGCGGCAAACCAAGGUGACGCCGCAUUCACUGCCUGAGCCUGAUACGAGCGAACAGUCUUCCUCCAAACUCAUGUUUAAAAAAAAGGGAGGCUGGAAAGCAGGUCCCGAUGGGACUUCUCAGGAGAUUCCCAAGUAUAUAACCGCUUCUACUUUUGCUCAAGCGCGAGCUGCUGAAAUAAGUGCCAUGUUAAAGGCCGUGACCCAGAAGUCUUCCAAUUCGCUGGUCUUCCAGACCUUGCCGCGGCACAUGAGGCGGAGGGCCAUGAGCCACAACGUCAAACGCCUCCCCAGACGGCUGCAGGAGAUGGCCCAGAAGGAGGCGGAGAAGGCUGUGCAUCAGAAGAAAGAACAUUCCAAAAAUAAAUGCCAUAAAGCUCGAAGAUGUCACAUAAACCGGACACAAGAAUUUAACCGCAGACAAAGGAAGAACAUUUGGUUAGAAACGCACAUCUGGCAUGCCAAGCGGUUUCACAUGGUCAAGAGGUGGGGCUACUGCCUUGGGGAGAGGCCGACAGUCAAGAGCCACAGAGCCUGCUACCGAGCCAUGACAAACCGUUGCCUCCUGCAGGAUUUGUCCUACUACUGUUGUUUGGAGUUGAAGGGCAAAGAGGAAGAAAUACUCAAGGCACUUUCUCAGAUGUGUAGCUUAGAUGCAGGCCUGACCUUUGCAGCGGUUCACUGCUUGUCUGGAAAGCGCCAAGGAAGUCUCAUGCUGUACCGGGCAAAUAAAUAUCCCAGAGAAAUGCUUGGGCCCAUUACGUUUAUUUGGAAGUCAGAGGGGACCCCUCGUGGCACUUCUGAGAGCAGGCAGUUGUGGAUUUGGCUUCAUCCAACUCUUAAACAGGAUGUCUUAGAGGAGAUAAAAACUGUGUGCCAGUGCUUGGAACCCGUCAGAUCAACUGUCAGCGUCCUGAGCCCACUUCCAACACUGUCUCAAGAAAAAAGCCAAACUGAAACGACUGAUGAGAAAAUUGGCAAGAAAAGAAAAAGGAAAGAUGAUGAAGCCAAUGCCAAACCAAUUAAAAAAGUUAUUGGUGAUGGAACUAGAGAUCCAUGUCAAGCAUAUUCUUGGAUCUCUUCAAACACAGGCAUUAUAAUCAGUGAUUUGACCAUGGAGAUGAAUAGAUUCCGCCUUAUUGGUCCCCUUUCCCACUCCAUCCUCACAGAGGCACUGAAAGCUGCUUCUGUCCACACGGGGGAAGAGGACACAGAGGAGACACCUCACCGCUGGUGGACUGACACCUGUAGGAACACCGACAGUGUUGCCCUUCAUCGCAGACAGGAAGCCAUUUUUGAGCUGUUGGGAGGAGUAACAUCACCGGCAGAAAUUCCAUCGGGUACUAUCCUAGGACUCACAGUGGGGGAUCCUCGAAUAAAUUUGCCUCCAAAGAGGUCUAAAGCUUUAUCCAGCCCAGAAAAAUGCCAAGAUAAUGAGCAAGUUAGACAGCUGCUUCUGGAGGGUGUGCCUGUGGAGUGUGCGCAUAGCUUUAUCUGGAACCAAGUGAUCUGUAAGAGUGUCACAGAGAAUAAAAUCUCGGAUCAGGAUCUGAACCGGAUGAGAAGUGAAUUGCUGGUGCCUGGGUCACAGCUUGUUUUAGGUCCCCGUGAAUCCAGGAUCCCUAUACUUUUGAUUCAACAGCCGGGCAGAGUGACUGGUGAAGACCGCCUAGGCUGGGGCAGUGGCUGGGAUGUCCUCCUCCCAAAGGGCUGGGGCAUGGCUUUCUGGAUCCCGUUCAUCUAUCGAGGUGCAAGAGUUGGAGGAUUAAAAGAGAGUCUAGUGCAUUCUCAGUAUAAAAGGGCGCCUUCUAUCCCAGGCGAUUUCCCAGACUGUCCUGCCGGGGUUCUCUUUGCUGAAGAACAAGCGAAGACUCUUCUUGAAAAGUACAAAAGGCGCCCUCCUGCCAAACGGCCCAACUAUGUCAAGCUUGGCACGGUGGCACCUUUCUGGUGUCCCUGGGAGCAGUUAACUCAGGACUGGGAGUCCAGAGUCUGUGCCCGAGAAAGGUCUUCUGUAGACUCCUCUCCAAGUGGUGAGGAGAGUGACCUCAGAAGUCACCAGGGGCCCCACGCUCCCGCGCCAUCUUCUGAAGCAGGCACGUCUGUAGAUGACCCUGCAGAGUCAGAAGUCAUGGACACAGGGUGUCAGGACCAGCCGGGGACUGAGAGGGUGACGGGCCAGGAUGCCAGUGAGAACCACGUUGCUGUCACCAGUAGUCCACUCUGUGUUCUUAGGAGCAGAAAAUUACUGAAGCAACUAUCCACCUGGUGUGGGCCCCGUUCUGAGGACCGGCGGGCAGCGCGGUGGGCCCCGAGCAGAGGCCAGCCAGGACUGACCAGAGAGGCCUGCCUGGCUUUCACGGACCGCUUCCCCAGGGCCCUGGUGUGGGUCAGCCUGUCCCUGCUCAGGAAAGGCAGCCCGGAGCCGCACACCAUGAUCUGUGUCCCAGCUGAGGAGGAUCUGCUCCGGCUCAGUCAGGACCGGCAGUACCGUGGUCCCCAGGAGUCCCGGCACAGCGACCCAUUCAAGAAUGAGAUCCUGAAGCAGAAGGAAAAGAAGAAAGUGGAGAAAAGGCAGAACCGAGGAUGCACUGCUCCCGAGGGGCUGGCAGCAGGGCCGCCUGAGGCCAGGCAGGAAGCCCUGACCCAAGGGUUGUGGGCAGGUGCCCUCCCGGCUGUGACUUCACACUGCUCCAGAGCCCUUCUAGGCUUUGUCACUCAGGGAGAUUUUUCCAUGGCUGUUGGCUCUGGAGAAGCCCUGGGGUUUGUUAGCGUGACAGGCUUGCUGCAUCUGCUGUCCAGCCAGCCGGUGGCUGAGAGGGGGUUGGUGCUGCUGAGGCCGCCUGCCUCCCUGCAGUACCGGUUCGCAAGAAUUUCUGUUGAGGUGUGAAUGCGCGUGCUUCACGGCCUAGCAGGGCUUGGAUGGUAACUUUGCCAAGUCCCACAGUUGGAGAGUCGUGCUUUCCCUUGUCUUCUGUUUCAAAAUAGGUAAAAUUUCUUGGAAAUAAGAAUAAAAAGUGACAUAUUAUACAAAUGAUGAAAGGUUUAUAUCGUUCCAGUUCUCUCGUUGAUUUCCAUCUUUCCUUGUCCUGGCUGUAAUACCUUUACAUUGUUUGGCCUGUGUAGCUGAAAGCUUUUGUAUUAUGAUCUCUGGUCCGCAUGACUCUUGCUGAAAAGCAUUAGAAGCUCUACCUUUUAUCAUCCCUUUUUUGUUAGGAACAAAGGUCUGUUUGGAAGGCCUUGUCAUGUGAUAAGCAGCAGUAAUGGUUUUACCCAUCUGAUUGUCACUGAAGAAGAAAAGACGAUAAACAUCUGGCUUCUGUGCAUGAAAGUCAGGCCCUGGGUAGGCCAUGCUCAAUUCUGUACCAUAAUCAGAUGCGAUCCUAGGAAUCAUUUAAUUUUUUUAAGUAAAAAUUAUUUUUGUUUUACAAAGAAUUUCUCAAAAGCAUGAGCAUUUUCCAAAAUAUAUCCUAUGGCUUAGACAGUCUAAACAUAAAGAUUGCAGUGUGAGGUUGAUUUGGGAAACUCUGGGUUAAGCAUUUCUUCAUUAAAGGACCUCUUCAC